AUGGCCGAUCCGUCCGACGCGCUCGUGCUGGCGUUGCACGAAGUCGAGGCCGUGAAAUUCGGCAGCUUCAAGCUUAAGAGCGGAAUCUGGUCGCCGAUUUACAUAGAUCUGCGCGUGAUCGUAUCGUAUCCGAAGCUGCUGCAGCAGGUCGCCGACGCGAUGUGGGCUCUCGUGUGCCCGUCGGUUGUGGGCGAAUCCGACGCCGCUGCGAAAUUCGACAACGUCUGCGGCGUCCCGUACACCGCGUUACCCAUCGCCACGGCCAUUUCGCUUUCGCGAAACGUCCCGAUGGUCAUGCGAAGGAAGGAGGUGAAAGGGUACGGCACGAGGAAGGCGAUUGAAGGGGCUUUCCAAACUGGCCAGCAUUGCCUCGUUAUUGAGGACCUCGUUACAAGUGGGGCAUCCGUGAUGGAAACUGUAGAACCGCUUAACGAAGUAGGGUUAAAAGUAACCGACGUGGUUGUCCUUAUCGAUAGGGAACAAGGCGGCGCCGCGCAUCUGGCGGCGCGAGGGCUGCGCCUCCACGCGGCGCUGACGCUGACACAUGUCGUCACGGCACUGGUCAAGCACGGCAAGCUGACCAAUGACGUGGCAGAGUCCGUUACCAAAUUCAUUGCGGAGAACCAAACCGCAAAUCCCGCCGCUGCCCCCGCCGUUGCCCUCGCCGCUGCCCCCGCCCCUGCUGUAACGGUUACUCCUGUAACCGCCGCGCCUUCGCGAAAGUCGUACGCCGCUCGCGCGGCCCUGGCGAAGAACGAGGUGGGCCGGCGGCUGUGGGAGAUCAUGGAGCGGAAAAAGACAAACCUGUCGGUGGCUGCUGACGUGGAGUCGGCGGAAGAGCUGCUCAAGCUGGCGGAAACGAUCGGGUCGGAGAUCUGUGUGCUCAAGACGCACGUGGACAUUCUCCCGGACUUCACUCCCGAGUUCGGCAAGCGCAUCCGCGAGAUCGCCACGCGUCUGGACUUCCUGGUGUUUGAGGACCGCAAGUUUGCUGACAUUGGUAACACGGUUACCAUGCAGUACGGCGGGGGCAUCUACAAGAUCUCGGAAUGGGCUGACAUCAUCAACGCGCAUGGUGUGCCGGGGCCAGGCAUUAUCAAGGGACUCAAGCAGAAGGGUGGGUCGCUCUUGCUACUCGCAGAGAUGAGCUCAGCCGGAACCCUAGCCCACUCCACCUACACUGCCUCAACGCUGCGAAUGGCGCUCACUGACCCGGACUACGUGAUUGGAUUCAUCUCCAUCCACCCGGGGGGCUGGCGCACCGGUGCCACUGCUGCUGCUGGUGGUGCAGCGUGUGAGGAGCUGGCAGCGGCUGUGAGGGAGGCGGAGGCAGCAGGGGUGUGGGAUACGUUGGUGCACAUGACACCGGGCGUACAGCUGGCGGCUGGAGGGGACGCGCUCGGACAGCAAUACAACACGCCAGACGCGGUGAUCAAACAGCGGGGCUCCGACAUCAUUAUAGUAGGCCGGGGAAUCAUCAAGGCGGCCGACCCGCUGGAAGCUGCCAGGAAGUAUCGCGAGGCUGGGUGGGCGGCGUACGAGGAGAGCCUUGCUGCUGCUGGUGCGGUCUAG